CUACUCCAGACGAAUCCCGUCUCCUAAAUGAUGUUGGUUUAAGGCUACAACCAGACAAGCGCCCAAACCGGCCGGAGGGUUCUGAAUUCGGUAGACAGAGAGACAGAGAGACACUGCGCGACAGAGAGAGACAGAGAGAGAGAGAGAGAGAGGAAAGGGAGAUAGUCAAUGGCAUUAUUAAAGGAGGGGUGGACGCUGUUGAUCCUUGACGUCAUGCUGUGGAAUGGAACGGUGGGAGUGACUUUAGUGCUCGUGCUGCAGCAGCAGGCGGAGAGAGAGACAGAAUGACGGCAGGCGGAUGAGAGGAGCACAGACUCCGUCUGGCGGGCAUGUUUAUCACACAGGGAAAAUAAAAACACGAAACACACAGAGACACAAAGGACCAGUGGGGAUUAAACAAAUAAUGACGGGAGACAGUGACUUAAAAUACACGUAACCGGUGUUCCCUCCAUCAUGUCUGCCGGUGAAACGAUGGAUUAAAGAGUAGAGCCGUUGUGUGUGUGAUGUCAGACACAAGCAUGCCUCAGAAAGGGCAUCUAACAACCCCACUGUGAUCAGAUAGAAAUGACAGUGUGAAGGCUGGCGUCCACUAAGGUGACCGUAGCGGCCUGGGCAGCCCGCCCACAUGAUCACAUGACUCUGGACAUGGACGCCGUCCUGUCGGACUUCGUCAGGUCCACUGGGGCGGAGCCCGGGCUGGCCAGAGAUCUGCUGGAAGGUAAGAACUGGGACCUGAGCGCUGCUCUCAGUGACUAUGAGCAGCUAAGACAAGUACACACUGUCAACCUGCCCACUGUCUUCAACGAGGGCCGUUACUACCGGCAACCGGACCAUGACACCCCCCAGCACCUCAGCAAGGUGGAGCGGCCCGGUGUCCAGAGACAGGAGGACAACAUGCAAGAGAAGCGCCUGUCUCGGGGCAUCUCCCAUGCCAGCUCUGCCAUCGUGUCGUUGGCACGGUUCCACGUGGCCAGUGAGUGUAUCAGUGAGCAGUUCCCUCUGGAGAUGCCCAUCUACACCUUCCAGCUGCCUGACCUCAGCGUCUACAGUGAAGACUUCAGGACCUUUAUAGAGAAGGACCUCAUCGAACAGUCUACCAUGAUGGCCCUGGAACAGGCUGGUCGUCUGAACUGGUGGGCCACUAUUUGUACCAGUUGUAAGCGUCUUCUUCCUUUGGCCACCACGGGGGACGGCAACUGUCUGCUACAUGCUGCUUCUUUAGGGAUGUGGGGCUUCCACGACAGAGACCUGGUGUUGAGGAAGUCUCUGUAUGGCAUGAUGAAGAGUGGAGCGGAGAGAGAGGCUCUGAAGAGGAGGUGGCGGUGGCAGCAGACACAACAGAACAAAGAGUCAGGGCUGGUGUACACGGAGGAGGAAUGGGAGAGAGAAUGGAACGAGCUGCUGAAACUAGCUUCUAGUGAACCACGUACACACAGCAGCAAGAACAACAACAAUACUGUAGGGGUGGAUAACUCAGAGGACCCUGUGUAUGAGAGUCUGGAGGAGUUUCAUGUGUUUGUCUUGGCUCACGUGCUGCGUCGACCAAUCAUAGUGGUGGCUGACACCAUGCUACGGGACUCAGGGGGAGAGGCAUUUGCCCCCAUCCCGUUUGGAGGGCUGUACCUGCCCCUGGAGGUGCCUCCUAACCUGUGCCACUGCUCCCCCCUGGUCCUAGCUUACGACCAGGCACACUUCUCUGCCCUGGUGUCCAUGGAGCAGAAGGACCAGCACCAAGAACAAGCUGUGAUCCCGCUGACCGACUCAGAACACAAGCUGCUAUCUCUCCACUUCGCUACGGACCCUGGGAAGGACUGGGAGUGGAGCCGAGACCACAACGACAACAUCAAGCUAGCCAAUUUAAUCCUGUCUCUGGAAGCCAAACUGAACCUGCUGCAUAACUACAUGAACGUAACAUGGAUCAGGAUACCAACUGAGACCAGGGCUCCCCUGGCCCAGCCGGAGUCUCCCACGGCGUCCCACGGGGGCGACGACGUCCAGUCUCUAGCCGACUCCAUGGACUCCGACCGAGACUCCGUCUGCAGCAACUCCAACGUCAACAACGGCAAGGUCUCCGCGAAGGACAAGGAUCCCAAGGAGAAGACGGAGAGGCAGCAACAGGGUAAAGACAAGGACAAGACCAGGACGGACUCUGUGGCCAACAAGCUAGGCAGCUUCAGUAAAACCCUGGGUAUCAAGCUGAAGAAGAACAUGGGAGGUCUGGGAGGGCUGGUCCACGGAAAGAUCAACCGCUCCAACUCUGGAGGCAACGGCCGGAACAACGGAGGAGGAGGGGGGGGCGGCAACGGAGGAGGGGGGGGCGGCGGCAACGGAGGAGGGACAGAGAAUAACGUAGACAAGAAGAAGGAGAAAAAGGAAGGAAAAGCCCGGAAGGAUGGAGGAGGAGGAGAGAAGGAGGGCCAGUCUGCGAGUACGUCGUUCUCCUCGGACAAGACCACCAGCCCGUCUCCCACCGAGCGUCCCGCAGGCGUGCCCUCUCCUCCUGGGGAACGGGACAGGGACAGGGGGGGUCUCCUGGCCCGGCUGGUGGGCGAUAAGGCCCUGUCGGAGCACUGGAAGUACAGCACAGACGUCAAGCUGAGCCUCAACAUACUGAGAGCCGCCAUGCAGGGCGAGAGGAAGUUCAUCUUCGCCGGCCUUCUCCUCACCUCCCAUCGCCACCAGUUCCACGAGGAGAUGAUCUCCUUCUACCUGACCUCCGCUCAGGAGCGCUUCUCUGCCGAGCAGGAGACCAGGAGGAAGGAAGGAGAGAAGAAACCUGCAGCAAACUCUACGACCAACGGGCCCUCCAACGCCCUGAAGAAACCAGAGCAGGAGAGCGCCCCUCACCGGGAGAGAGAGAGGGAGAAGGAAAGAGAGAGAGAAAAGGAGAGGGAGAGAGAGAGGGAGAGAGAGAGAGAAAGGGAGAGAGAGAGGGAGAGAGAGAGAGAAAGGGAGAGAGAGAGGGAGCGAGACACCCGCACCCCUCCUCCUCCUCCUCCCUCCUGCCCUCCUCCUCCUACUCCCCUUCCCCAGGACUUCAUCUCUUCCCCAGCCAGACACCACCAAAGCCAUACCCCUCACACCCCCCCACAGAUUGCCCUGAAGAUGCAGGGCCGCCACAGCCCCUCCCCCAACUCCUCACCCAGCAACGGUGCUACCAGGAGACCGGGGUCCGUCCCCCCUGUCCCCAGGCCCGUCCCAACUACAGUCCCAGUGUCAGCCCACUACAGCCAUACCCCUCCCAUCCAGAGGUCCAGUAUCAUCCACCUGAGAGACGUCAACCUCCAGGCCCUCCAGGCACCCAGCUUCCAGCCGGACGACCCCCAGCCCAGCUACAAGCCUGCUCUGGUGGGCACCCUGAAGACCUGUGCCACUUACCCCCAGCAGAACCGCUCUCUGUCCUCCCAGAGCUACUCUCCAGCCCGCCUGUCUGGGGUCCGUUUGGGCACCGGGGUCAACCACACCCACCCGGGGGUCCCAGGCACCACGGAGCCCUACAACAUGCCUGGGGAGCACAAGUCCCAUACCUAUACCAACGGCUUCAACGCUAGCCACAUACAGGACUGUCUGGAGUUCGCCGACGCCGACUUGCCUCAGACCUGGGGGAGCAGUAGGGUCACCAGGACGGGUUCGGGGUCCGACAAGGUCAAAGGUCAGAUCGGUAGCGCCGGUGGGGGUUGCCUGGUGUACUGCCUGCAGCAGAGGAGAUGCAAGAGGGAGAAGUGCUCCUUCUACGGGCGGCCGGAGACAGAUAACUACUGUUCCUACUGCUUCAAGGAGGAUCUGAAACACAAGGAGAGGGAGGCCAAGGCCCUCAGUAGGCCUGGGUAGCCCCUGGUACCGCGCCAGCCAGAGGUGCUGCUACUCUAUAGCCUGGUGUACUAUCUAUCGCACGACAGGUACAGCAAACCCCAGCUGCUGACAACGCAACACAACAGACAGACAGACAGAACUGUGUCCAUAGAGAAGGCGAUAGAACAGGUUCUACUCAAUAGACUGUCUGUGGACGUUGGGACAUCCAGACAGACAGACAGACAGACAAACAGACAGACACGCUCAGAGCCAGUUGAUCGCCUGCUCUGUUUAAAACAUUUGAUUCCUGUCACUUCUCCUGUCUCAGUGUACAGUACAGUAGGCUACUGUAAAGGACACAGCUACUUGAUGACGAGCGGGGUAGAUCUCUGUCCACUUAACAUCUUUGGCCAGCAGGAAUUUAGAACUUUUGUUCGUUAAAAAAAAUUGGGUUCAACUUCAAUUUUUGGUUCGUUUUAUGGAGAAAUGUCUUGUGUUUUUGGCCCACAACUUGAAAGGCAAACUAAGAUAUCAUUUCAGGCAAAUACAGUACACAUAAAAAUAGCAAUUACAUUUUGUUGUGCAGUGGUUCAACACGUAAACUUAAAUCUAACAUCUAACUAAAACCGGACUGUUUUGAUCUUAAUUAAAAUCUUCAACCAACUUUUAAAAAACAAACUUCUCAAAGCAAUACGUUAGUACCUUCAACGUUGUUAAUUUUGUUGUUUUUUAAUCAAUAAUUGUCCUAAUGGCAACUCACUGUGAACCCUUUCUGUUGUCUCUGCACUCAUGUUGGCUUCAGUAGAGAGUUGAAAUCCUCUGCUGCAGCUGAACGACAAUAGACAACAACAGGCCGGAUAUUCAGUCAACUGCAAACAAACCCACACUAAGGAAAAUAGCCGUUCCGUAAGUUAAAUUUGCCGUGCGCCCUCACAUUGAUUACCCGGGUAUAAACGAAACAACAACAAAAUCAAAUUGGUUUUAAUGAAUCGUGCUCCUUGUCACAGCGAGGGCCAGGGAUACUGUUUCAGUGCUAGUUUGAUUGGUCUGCCUCAAACAAAAUGUUUUAUUUAAUGUUUUCCUCUGCAUUCUACACGUCUUCGAUAAACCCGAAUGUGUUUUCAUCAGCAGUUGAUUAUCUUGGUUGUUAUUUUACAGGUGCUGUGUGGUGUUGCUACCAUUAGGUUUUCCCACAUUGGAAUGUCUUAACUGUCAUUACAACGACAAAAGAACAUGGAAUCUCCUGGCCAAAGAUGUUAAAUAUAUAUAGAGAGAGAGAGAGAACGGCUCUUCGAAACACUCCUGAAUUAUAAUGCAGUUUGGGAUCCUUUUUAUGUACCUGAUUCAUGGACUCUCACCAUUUAAAAAUGUAAAAAUAUGAUUUUUGUAUAUUCAUUUGAGAGUUUUACACAACUUAAAUUAUUAAUUUGCACAUUAGAUACCAAUGUACAGUACAUAGCAAAAAUGAGGAACAAAAUAAGAUUAGUAUAUUGUGUAAAAAACAAAUUUAAAUAAUCAGUUUGUGUGUUUUUGUGUAUAAGAGAAUGUGAUGACGGGGAAUUUACAAGCCAAGGCUUUACAAGUGUUAUAGAGAAAAAUAUUUUUAUAUGAUUUUCACAAAAUGCCAUGAAGCAAUAUUUCACUUUUUUUUUUCUUAUGGAAACCGUUUGUCACUUUGGUAAGUUACUUUAAGUGCACGGACAUUAGGUGGCGGCGGUGGUGGGGGGGAGGGGCCGAACGCCAAGCGUCGGUUGGUCGAGGGUUGGACCGACAUCAUAUCAAGGGAAAAUGAUCUGUCGUAUUGUCAUGAUUGUCUCAAUCGAUCUGACAUUGAAGGGCUGGUUGGUUUUAAAACGGGUUGAUAGAUCGUCGAUAUAUAUAUAUAUAUAUAUAUAUAUGUAUACACACAACAUCCUUCAGGCAUCACCACAUUUACGAGACUCUACGGGCAUAUGUUACACCCUAUCCUGGUUGGUCCACUGGGCUGCGUAUUGCCGACAAAACUGUAACACGUAGUUAACCAGACGUUUUACAUGUGAAGAGGGGAUAUUUCCUAGUUCCUGGUUCAGCACGAGUCAUCGGAAGUCACAGCACGUGAUGACGGUGAUAACGAAUUGUUGUUGUUGUUGUUUUUUUUUAAAUUCAUAUGUAAAAGCACAACAUAUAUUAAUUAAUACUAUGUUGUACUUCCACAGUGGGUAUCUGUCUGUCCCUACCAUGGCAUUAUGUUGUCCUAUAGUUUAAGGGUUAAAAGACAUACUGUUGAGAUUCAGGUUGCCUGUAUUACAUAAUGUGUCCCAGAGGAGGAGUACUCAUCUAGGAUCAGGUCCCCCCCCCCCCCCCCCCCCCACAGUCCAUUCAUUAUAGUCUUAACAAAGUUGAUCCGAGAACAGCACUCCUACUCUGGGAGUCUUAAUGAAUACGGUCUCUUCACCCAAACAGAACCCAUUCAUUCAGAGUCCUAUGGAAUAAACAGUAACGGUUAGAACCCAUCCAUCCAGAGUCCUAUGGAAUAAACAGUUAUGAACAGUAACGGUUAGAACCCAUCCAUCCAGAGUCCUAUGGAAUAAACAGUUAUGAACAGUAACGGUUAGAACCCAUCCAUCCAGAGUCCUAUGGAAUAAACUGUUAUGAACAGUAACGGUUAGAACCCAUCCAUUCAGAGUCCUAUGGAGUGAACAGUAAUGGUUAGAACCCAUCCAUCCAGAGUCCUAUGGAAUAAACAGUUAUGAACAGUAACGGUUAGAACCCAUCCAUCCAGAGUCCUAUGGAAUAAACAGUUAUGAACAGUAACGGUUAGAACCCAUCCAUCCAGAGUCCUAUGGAAUAAACAGUUAUGAACAGUAAUGGUUAGAACCCAUCCAUCCAGAGUCCUAUGGAAUAAACAGUUAUGAACAGUUAACGGUUAGAACCCAUCCAUCCAGAGUCCUAUGGAGUGAACAGUAACGGUUAGAACCCAUCCAUCCAGAGUCCUAUGGAAUAAACAGUUAUGAACAGUAACGGUUAGAACCCAUCCAUCCAGAGUCCUAUGGAAUAAACAGUUAUGAACAGUAACGGUUAGAACCCAUCCAUCCAGAGUCCUAUGGAAUAAACAGUUAUGAACAGUAACGGUUAGAACCCAUCCAUCCAGAGUCCUAUGGAAUAAACAGUUAUGAACAGUAACGGUUAGAACCCAUCCAUCCAGAGUCCUAUGGAAUAAACUGUUAUGAACAGUAAUGGUUAGAACCCAUCCAUCCAGGGGCUUGAAUUUAUAGAUCUGUCUAUAGCAAGAUGGCAGGGUGUGUGUGUGUGUGUGAGCGCACUUGCGCGUGUCCCUGUGUGUGUGUGUGAGUCUAAUCUGAAAUACCUCAGUUGUCCUAUCCGGGGGUUUGGCAUCGACUUUCACAUAUUUUAUUUGCAAUAAUAAUAAAUUGUCCUUGUGUUCUGUUGUUGGUUAUAGAUCAGGGGUUCCCAAACGUCCCCCCCCCCCUAUGGGCACAAGCACUGUUCAUGACACAAACUGUUUGACACCCCGCUUGUUGGUAGAGAGAAUUUAGCAGGUUUAAAAGCUUCUCUCCUGCAAUUCUACACAUUGUGUCACGGGGUGCAAGGAAAAUGUUGUCGUUUUUAAUGCUCAUUUUCUUGCAAUUAUUUACACAUUUGAUCACGUCUAAUGUGUAUCCAUGUGAUAUUGGAGUGACUCAAAAACUACAACGAUAUUUAUGGGCUAAAAAAAGUAAGUAAAAAGACUGCCAUGGGCUGAUUGAUCUGGACCUUCCUGACUAGUUAUAAAUAUCUCUCUAAAUGUGAACAAUGACUAACAUGACAAGAGGAGCUGAUGAUGUCAUACCCCCAUUUAGAAAUGUCACCUUGUACAUUCUACUAUUAUCACUUUCAGGAGGAGUAAGUUUAAAGCUGGACUGAGUUCCUUAAAAAAAAAUAUAUAUAUAUAUACGUAUAUAUAUAUAUUUUAAAUGGAGAGGGGAGGACCACCUGCUGCCGCUGCGGGGGGGCGGGCGGGCGGGGGGGGGCGCCCCGCCUCACAGUUUGGGAACCGCCUCACAGUUUGGGAACCGCCCCACAGUUUGGGAACCGCCCCACAGUUUGGGAACCGCUGGUAUAGACGACCACCUAUUGUUUCAAUCAAUCAGCUGUGUUUCAGUACAAUGUCUAUAUGGGGUACAUGUCAAUGAAGCCAAAUGGUACUUAUGUCAGUGUCCUAGUUUGCCCUACAUUGCAAUAACAACGAUAGAGACCUUUGAAAAUUGGACCAUCCAAACCUUUAUUCAAAGAAAGCACUGUUGUGAUAUUUAAAAAAGGCAAGAAACAAUGCUUAACCUACUGUACCAGUGAGUGGAUGAGUUGUUGUGCAGCACCAAUACCUACCACUGAGUGGAUGAGGUGAUGUGCAGCACCAAUACCUACCACUGAGUGGAUGAGGUGAUGUGCAGCACCAAUACCUACCACUGAGUGGAUGAGGUGUUGUGCAGCACCAAUACCUACCACUGAGUGGAUGAGGUGUUGUGCAGCACCAAUACCUACCAGUGAGUGGAUGAGGUGAUGUGCAGCACCAAUACCUACCACUGAGUGGAUGAGGUGUUGUGCAGCACCAAUACCUACCAGUGAGUGGAUGAGGUGUUGUGCAGCACCAAUACCUACCAGUGAGUGGAUGAGGUGUCGUGCAGCACCAAUACCUACCACUGAGUGGAUGAGGUGUCGUGCAGCACCAAUACCUACCACUGAGUGGAUGAGGUGAUGUGCAUCACCAAUACCUACCAGUGAGUGGAUGAGGUGAUGUGCAGCACCAAUACCUACCAGUGAGUGGAUGAGGUGUUGUGCAGCACCAAUACCUACCACUGAGUGGAUGAGGUGAUGUGCAGCACCAAUACCUACCACUGAGUGGAUGAGGUGUCGUGCAGCACCAAUACCUACCACUGAGUGGAUGAGGUGAUGUGCAGCACCAAUACCUACCACUGAGUGGAUGAGGUGUUGUGCAGCACCAAUACCUACCAGUGAGUGGAUGAGGUGUUGUGCAGCACCAAUACCUACCAGUGAGUGGAUGAGGUGUCGUGCAGCACCAAUACCUACCACUGAGUGGAUGAGGUGUCGUGCAGCACCAAUACCUACCACUGAGUGGAUGAGGUGAUGUGCAUCACCAAUACCUACCAGUGAGUGGAUGAGGUGAUGUGCAGCACCAAUACCUACCAGUGAGUGGAUGAGGUGUUGUGCAGCACCAAUACCUACCACUGAGUGGAUGAGGUGAUGUGCAGCACCAAUACCUACCACUGAGUGGAUGAGGUGUCGUGCAGCACCAAUACCUACCACUGAGUGGAUGAGGUUAUGUGCAGCACCAAUACCUACCACUGAGUGGAUGAGGUGUCGUGCAGCACCAAUACCUACCACUGAGUGGAUGAGGUGUCGUGCAGCACCAAUACCUACCACUGAGUGGAUGAGGUUAUGUGCAGAGUUAGUUUUUUUUGUCUUACCUUGUGAGAGGUAGUGUGUGGUUCAUAUAGCCCAUGCAGUGGGAUGUGUUCAUCAUAUCUUAAACAAUUAUAAUAACAAUCAUUUAUACCCGU